AUGGUUCAUUUGGCGGUGCAUCUUGUUAGAGAAGUAAAACUAUGUGGGCCUGUAUGUUUUCAUUGGAUGUAUCCAUUUGAAAGAUUGAUGAAAGUUUACAAAGGUUAUGUUAGAAAUCGAAAUCGUCCAGAGGGUUGUAUAGUUGAGGCUUACAUAGCAGAAGAAGCGGUUGAAUUUUGUACUGAGUAUAUUACUGAUGCAGAAGCGAUUGGUAUUCGCAGAAAGACAAUGAGUGAAGAUGUUAUUGGAAGAGGCAUCAAAAAUGGAAGGCUCACCUUAAUCAAAAAAGAAGACUGGGAUGUUGCUCAUCGAAAUGUUCUAGAGAAUACAAUUGAAGUUCAAGCUUACAUAGAAGAACACUUGGAAUAUCUUCAUCGUGAGAAUCGAAGUAAAUCAAGAAAGUGGAUUCAAGAUUACCACCAUCGAACUUUUCAUCAAUGGUUUCGUGAUAGGAUUCAAUCUGAAUUGAGUAUGGAGUUUCACAAAGUAUCUGAAAACUUAAGAUGGAUUUCAUUAGGUCCGACUACAAUGGCAAUUAAGCAUGAUGGAUUUGUCGUAAAUGGUUAUAGAUUUAGUACAAAAGCUCGUGAUGAUGUUAGAGUGACACAAAAUAGCGGUGUAUGUAUUGUUGCAAAAACUCUUCAAUUUGCUUCAGCUCGUGAUAAGAAACCAUUUUAUGGAGAUAUGAAAUUUUAUGGAGUCAUUGAAGAAAUAUGGGAGCUUGAUUAUCGUGAUUUUAGGAUGGCAAUGUUCAAAUGUAAUUGGGUAGAAGACAAGUAUGUUAUAUCAGAUGAGUUAGGAUGUACUUUAGUGGAUCUCAAUAAAAUAAGCCAUAAGGAAGAAUCAUUUAUAUUAGCAAGUCAAGCAAAACAAGUAUUCUAUAUUCAAGAUCCAUCAGAUUCAAGAUGGUCAAUUGUACUUGCAUCACAACCAAAAUUCAUAGGUGAUGAUGAUGAUGAUGAUGAUGAUGAUUAUGAGAUUGGCGAACUUCAAACUUUUGAGAAAGAAAUUGGAGAUAUCAAUGAAUUUGAGGGAAUUGAAUCAAUAGUUGGACCAUAUGUUCGAAGAGAUUGUGAUGGAAUUUGGAUUGUAAGUUUGAUCAUGGACCAUCAUGAAGAGCACCCCGAAGAGGAACUUGAAGACAAUGCAGACGAAGGUAUCAAUUUAGAAGAGGCUUGUAAUGAAGAUCUUACAACAAAGAAGAAGAAAAGUAGGUAG